CUCCUGAUUCCUCACUUGCGGUACUCCAUCCACAUCAACGUGUUGGCCAGGACAUUCCUGAUCAGCCAAGGGGGCACCUUUGAUAAGGCCAUUGCCACCGGACGCCAGGGAUUAGCGGUGCUUCUCCAAAAAGCCACGGACGAUCUGACUUACACCCAGCUCUGCCUUCCGGACGACAUCGAAGCCCGGGGAGUGGGCGGCCUCCUCAACUAUUACUACAGGGACGAUGGCCUGAAGAUCUGGGAAGCCAUCAAGAGCUUCGUCUCGGGCAUCGUCGGACUCUACUACAAGAGCGAUUCAGCUGUCCAGGGAGACGUCGAGCUGCAGGCUUGGCUGGCCGAGAUCUUCGCCAAGGGGUUCCUCAGCAAAGAGACCUCAGGCAUCCCCUCCUCCAUCCAGUCCGUCCCAGAACUCAUCAAGUACCUGACCAUGGUCAUCUUCACCUGCUCGGCUCACCAUGCGGCGGUCAACGGCGGGCAGUUUGAGAUGGGGGCUUUCAUGCCCAACCUGCCUUCGUCCAUGAGGAAGCCCCCUCCCCAGGCGAAGGCCCCCCUCAGGCUCCAGGACUUCCUGGACACCAUCCCGGAAAUGAACGUCACCAGCCAGGUGCUCUCCGUCCUCUGGGUGCUGCAGAACGAGAUCCUCGACAUGAAACCGCUGGGCUGCUACGACGAGCAACUCUUUGUGGAGGAAGCUCCGAAGCGGCUCAUCGGCGAUUUCCAGGAACGUCUCAAGCGCAUCACUGUGGCCAUCGACAGCCGGAAUAAGACCCUCACGCUGCCUUACACUUACCUCUAUCCCCCCAACAUAGAAAACAGCACGACAAUCUAGGACGCUGGGUCGCUCAGCCUGCGCAUGUUGCUAGUCCUCAACGAGGGUUCCCGCCCAUUUUUUUUUUCUCCUUUCGAAAGCCGGGGGUAGGGACGGAGGAUAUGAAGAGCAUCAGAGAUGCACGAAUUCCACCUCCAGGAAUCCCUCCAGGCAACAGACAAGGCAAAGGAGAAACAAUCGCGAAAUGCAGUUGCGUCCGAGGUCAUAUCGUUGUACGGCUAGUCCUCGACUUGCGACCAAAACUGAGCCCGAAGUUUCUGUCGCUAAGCGAGACAUUUUUUUAAAAAGUGAGUUUUGCCCCUACGUUAAGACCUUUCUUGCCAGGGUCGUUAAACGAAUCGCUGCCGUUGAUAAACUUAGCGGCCCGGUCGUUAAGCGAAUCCGGCUUUCCCCUCAGAAGGUCGCAAAGAAGGGGAAAAAUCGCGUGACCUUGGGACACCAGCGACGGUCACAAAUAUGAAUGUCGAUCCCACGGGGAGGCUGCGGAGGUCGUAACUGUGAAACACAGGACUUUGAUCCGGGGCCGUUGUAACUUUGGACGGUCGUAAGUGGAGGACUAGCUGCGGAUCCCUUCUGUGAGUUCAGGGGCCGCUGAUUGAGCAAUUCUGAGGUAACUAAUUUGAGGACAAGAGGCCCUUUUGAAACCAAACAUGUCAAAGGCGCCUGGUUUUUUCUUUUUUUUCCUCCGCUACCAAAAUAAAUCCUGUUUUACGCAA